ACAGACACUGACUGGUCAUGUGGUUCACAGCAGAUGUUUUCAUUGGACGCUUCACAGACUGUGUAAGGAGUUGAACUUUGUACAACUCUGACACUGUGCGGCUGUGCAGGGAAAGAAGUUAACCCUUCUUGUUGUAUCCAAGUGCCUCAUACGGGCGCGCUAUGGCUAAUCCAUUUGAUUAUGAACCAAUAGAAGAAAUUAAAGAGGCGCUGCUAACCCAUGGACCUGCCUCAGCAGCUGCAAAGAUCCAGGAGUAUUUGGAUCAGCAGGAUAAUAUUCCACUAAAUAUUGGCAUCACAGGAGAGUCUGGCUCUGGUAAAUCCACCUUUGUUAAUGCCUUCAGAGGCAUAGACAACAGGGAUGAGAGAGCCGCCCCUACUGGUUGUGUAGAAACCACCACAGAGGCUACACCAUACCCCCAUCCCAACUAUCCCAAUGUCACACUAUGGGAUCUUCCUGGUAUUGGCACUCCCAACUUUUCAGCUAGCAACUACCUGGAGCGUGUUGAAUUUGAAAAGUUUGACUUCUUCAUCAUCAUCUCAGCUGAUCGCUUCAAAGAGAAUGAUGUGAAGCUCGCUAAGGAGAUUCAGAGGAUGCAGAAAAAGUUCUACUUUGUUCGCUCAAAGAUUGACCAUAACUUACGUGAUGAGGAAGACAGUCAGAGGGACUUCAACGCAGAAAGGACUCUUAAGCAAAUCAGGGACAACUGCAUUCAAGGUCUUGAAAAACAAGGCUUCAAGUCACCUCAAGUCUUCCUGGUGUCCAGCCGUCAUCUCCACCUCUAUGAUUUCCAUCUGUUAGAGGAGACCCUCGAGAGAGAACUUCCUGCACACAAGAAGAACACUCUGCUGUUGGCCAUGCCUAAUAUCAGUCAUGGUAUCAUCAGCAAGAAGAAAGAGGCUUUACAGGCAGAAAUAAAGUACCAUGUCUUUAAGUCUGUACUCAUAGCAGCUGUACCAGUUCCUGAGCUCUCUUUUGCCACUGAUAUAGCCAUGCUGGUUGCUACCAUCAAUGAGUACAAAGUUACAUUUGAGAUUGAUAGCGAGUCACUGCAGAGUCUUGCUCGUAGUGCACGCGUGCCUGUGGAUGAUCUUAGAGCAGUUAUGACAUCAUCACUGGCUGCAAAUGAAGUAAACACAGAUGCUGUUAAGACACUUUGUGCCGAUGACACUGCAUUAACUGUAGCAAGGGAAGCAUCUACAUUAAUUCCAUUAUUUGGAAUCCCAGCAGCAAUGAUUGCGUCUUUUAUCUCCACCUACAAAGCUCUUUAUACGUCCCUGGACAUGCUUGCUGAGGAUGCACAAAGGGUAUUUGCAAAGGCCCUGGGUUUGGACACCUCAGUGUGAUCAUGAGGUGAAUGGAAAUGUGGCACAUUUAAAACUGCUAUUGUAUAAUGCAAAUAAGCUUCUGAAUUAAUUCUGUGAGUGCAAUGUAAUGUUACUGCAGCAAACUAAAUCACGUGGCACAUAUUACCCAACACAAAUCAUAAAAUGUGAUUGUUACUCUCAAAAUACAAUAUUUUAUUCUCAAUGAAAUGAAAAUGUUUGAUUGGUCAAAUAAAUUGUCCAUUAAAAUGAGCUGAAGUAAUGGAUUUUGUCAUAGCAUGAAACCCAGUUUUCCUCUAUGAAUUCUUCAUGUCACAUACCAGAAAAGACAGAACACAGAAUACUCUGCUCCCUCACAACCAUCUAUGUUAUGUGCUGCCAUUAUACUAGUAUGACUUUUUUAAAGCAAAAAAUGUAUAUUUAAAAAACAAUGGAUUGGACCGUACUGACUGUGUUUGCAUCUUGCUGAAAAAUUAACUGUACUGCUUUGCAAAACUCUUCAUGAAUAAACCUGAUUUAAAUCUCAUCAA